AUGCGUUGUCAUCAUCUCUACAUUCUUCUAUCCUCGACGGAGUAUCUCUACUUGCAUCGUUAUCUCUAUUUUUACUUCACUUCCAUCACCAUCACCAUCGCCACCACCAUCGCCAUCGCCAUCGCCAUCGCUAUCACCAUCGCCACCACCAUCGCCAACACUAUCACUAUCACCCAUCAUCACCCAUCAUCACCGUCGCACAUCACCCAUCACCCAUCAUCACCGUCGCACAUCACCAUCACCAACACCAUCGCCAUCACUAUCACUAUCACCAUCACCCUCACCAUUACCCAUCAUCACCGUCGCACAUCACCAUCACCAUCACCAUCGCCACCACCAUCACCAACACUAUCGCCACCACCAUCGCCAACACUAUCACUAUCACCCAUCGUCACCCAUCAUCACCGUCGCACAUCACCAUCACCAACACCAUCGCCACCACCACCACCAUCGCCAUCACUAUCACUAUCACCAUCACCCAUCACCAUCGCACAACGCCAUCAUACAGCACUGACAUUCUAUCCCCAUCCCUCGACCCCUCCGUCUCUAUCUCUAUCGCACAAUAUCCAUUACAAAUCAAACUUUCUCGUAUAG